AUGGCCUCUCCUAUGAGAGUUUACUCCGCAGAGCCGGCUUAUCCCGCCCUAGCCCAUUCCCUCCUAGCCAAGCCCGAGUCCAACACAACAAAUACGAGGGAUUUCGUGGAUGAAGUAGUCCAGAACCACGACUGGAAUCUGAAAGAUGACUGGGAUACCGGCAUUCAGGCGAAGAAUUCAGGGAUCUUCCGCUGCGGCACUGUCAUCGGCUUCUCUAGACUAAGAUUCCGAAGUAAGGACACCGAUGAGUACAUCGGGCAGAUCCCGCGCCAUCUUCUCACAUCCCAUCUUCUGAGAAAUCUCCCAUCAUCCUCACCCAGCGCAUUCAUCAUUUACCCAAGCAAUUUUGACGCCCUAGCACCGCGGAUCUUACUCAAUGCGCUGCAAUCCUCACCAGAACGACCAGGCCUAUCAAGAACGGAAGCACUACGAUACCUUGACACAGUACAGCUCCUUCCAGUCCAAAACUUCCCCAAUGCCGCACAGGCCAUCGGAAAAGUAUCAGAAUCACUCCAAGAGCUCCAAGAAAACCGACAAAACGUCCCCGCGGAACCUACUCAACCCGUCCUUCUGAUCGUGGUUGGCCUCGACACUCUCGCCGAGGAAGUCAUUCGAGCUUCGAACCCCGUUCGAGGAACGGCUUUGCUAGCAGCUACACUACGGAAUCUGACACGUAUGGCUCGGGCGUAUACAUCGUGGCUCUCUGUCAUUCUGAUAAACACCAGCGGACUUGGUCCUGCUCAUUUUGAAUCUCACUACCCGCCGGAUUCAAAUCAUGUCAGGAAUCACGGCGACGAAGAUGCAAGACCACCCGGCGAUGACGGGAUUCAUUCUAUCUUUCAAACACCGGGCUCCAAUUUGCUAUUUACUCUCCUUAUGAAAACCCUGGACCAGGGUAUCGAUACACAUAUCCUCCUCUCGGACGUGAAAGCUACACAAGUUGCGGAGGUUAUUAAAGAUCGAGUUGGCACUGGACUGGGGAAAUGGGGAAUAUGGUCGUCCAAGAGGUGA